GGGUUCUUGGAUAGGUACAUUGACAUCACUAUUCUAUCAGUCACUAUUACCCCAAAAAUCGAAUGCAUCUGCUGCUCUUGAAAAAUAUAUAGAUGUAUUACUACAGGUAUAUAAGUGACCACAUGCUCUCUUUUUCAAUAUGUCUGUCUUUGAAUAUUUAGAUAAUUGUUCAAAAACCAGGAGAGUGCCUAGCCUAGCACCAGUCUCAAUAUCCCAGAUGAUUUUUGUAGAACCAUGAUUCGAAGCAUGGUGUAUCAACCUGAAUUACAUACAUGAGAAACACAAUGACAUCAAGAUCACCCACCUGCUGACUGGAGAGGUGAGGCUUCUGGGAAUGGGAUAUUAUACAGUAAAACCAAGGGAUGUGACUGUAUCAUUCUGUAUGGCAGGCUUCUAUAUGGUGUGAAGACCUAGCUAUUUCUCAAUGGAAGAGCAAGAGUGUUCGGAAGACCACCACAAUCCUUGCAUGGACAAAAUGGAUGAUUGCCAAUCCAUCCGCUCACUGGAGCUUGUCCCCACAGAGGAAACAGACACAGAUGAUCUGGGAGAACAAUACUUGGAAGAAAAUACAUCUAGAACCAGUCAGUCUAUGGAUAAAGGGGAUUCAACCUGCUGUCACGAAGGAAGGCUUGGAGAUGCUGAUAUUGAUACACACACAGAACACACACAAAUAGAUAAACCAUAUACUCUAAUUAAGGAGGAACCAGUCUUGUCUGAAGAAGAAAUUUCCUUGGACACAAGCAUAUACAUGCCCGCAGAACAUUCACAGCCAGAAUACACACCUGUUUAUAUUAAGGAGGAACUUCUCUCGUGUCAAAAACAUGUUCUCACGGACACCAAUAUUUAUACACCUGCAGAACAUACACAGCUAGAAUACAUGCAUGUUCGUAUUAAGGAGGAACCAGGAGAAUUAAAUCGCACUAGUGCCAAACUGUAUUCUCCUACAAAACAUUCACCAACAGAACAUAUACCUUCUCAUAUUAAGGGAGAGUCAGACUCAUGGGAAGAAGUGACUGUUACAGACACUGACAUACACUCACCCACAGAACAUACACAGACAGAACCUGCUUCUUCCCCUGUUAAGGAGGAAUCGGACUCAUGGGAAGAAGUGACUGUUAUAGACACGGACAUUCACUCACCCACAGCACAUACACAGACAGAACCUGCUUCUUCCCCUGUUAAGGAGGAAUCGGACUCAUGGGAAGAAGUGACUGUUACAGACACGGACAUUCACUCACCCACAGAACAUCUGCAGAGUGAGGAAUCUCUGUCCUCUCUUAAAGAAGAAUCAGUCUCAUGUGAAGAAGGAAAUCUCACAGAUACUGAUAUUAAUACACAGGAUGAUAGCUUGAUAGAGUUGGAUUGCAGUGAAUGCGGCAAAAAAUGUAUUGGGAAAUGUGCUUAUGUCUCUCAUCAAAAAAAGCACACGGUAGAAAAAAUGUUUAACUGCUCUGAGUGCCAGAAAUAUUUCUCCAUUAAUACAGAGUCUGAUGAACAGCCUACCAAUUCUAAGGACAAUAAGCUUACCUGUACUGUGUGCAAGAUCGUAUGCACACGUGAAAAUAAUCUUAUCAGCCAUUAUAAGACUCAUUUAGAAAAGGAACUAAUCCCAUGUUCUGAAUGUAGAGAGAGGUGCACUGGAACAUACAAUCUUAUUACACAUCGGAGAAUUGAGACACCAGUGUCAUGUUCUCAAUGUGGUAAGUGGUUUUCUAAUGCCACACGUCUUUCUGCGCAUGAGUCGAUGCACACAGAAGAGAAACCCUUCUCAUGUUCCACUUGUGGGAAAUGUUUCCGCACAUAUUUUAGCCUCGCUAGACAUGAUCUGAACCAUGUAAGAGCCAAGAGAUUUUUAUGCUUAGUAUGUGGAAAGUUGUUUUUGUAUAAAUCAAAGCUUGUUGAACACAAUAUGAGUCACACAGGAGAGAAACCAUUCUCGUGUUCCGAAUGUGGCAAACGGUUCAGAACUAAAGCAGAUCUUAUUAAACAUGACAGGGUGCACACAGGAGAAAAACCAUUCCCAUGUCCUAAAUGUGGGAAAUGUUUUAAGCAAAAAUCAACUCUCGGUUCACACCUACGCACUCACAGUGGAGAGAAACCCUACACCUGCUCUCAGUGUGAUAAACGUUAUGCUUCUAUAUAUAGCCUUCGGCACCAUGAGAAGACCCAUCCAGUAAAGACACCAUCUCAAAUUCUUAAUGUUUUAGUUGUAAAUCAAGUCUUGCUAACAUAAGCCAAGGCAUGUAGAAAAUACUGUUUUAGUUCAAGUUAACUAACUCCUGUGUCUUGAAUGUGGGGACUGUUUACCAACACAUUAAGAAAAAUGCUAAGGGACUCAAAAUAGAUUAUAACACUUUUUACUUCUGUUGACGAAACCUAAAUCAUGUGUUCUUUAAAGUUGAGUUCAUGUACUUUCUGUUUGUGCAGUUUAAUUUGACUGCUUGA